ACCCGACGGCUUCACUUCUUCCCCCUCUCACUUCGGCUUCACUUCUGACACACGUCACUGCUUGCUGCCUGGUAGGUCAUACUCGCACACUCACCAUUUGCUCUUCAUCUCUCAUCCUACACCCUCACUCUCAUUUCCAUACACCUCACUGACGCCCAACCCAGAACAGCAGCGCCACCCAGUCAACGCUCCCUUUCCUUCCUCUCACUUCCUCACACACCCUCUCACCGCUUCAAACCAAGUCAGCGCACGCCGCCAAACCCUCCCCACCGUCUCAUCACACCCACAAACUCCAUUCACAACCACGAUGGCAGAAAACGGCUCGGCCUCGCCCGCCAACAACGAUGCCGGCGGCGCGCCCGAGCAAGCGCAGCAAAGCGAGCACCUCAACAUCAAAGUGACGGACAGCAACAACGAGGUCUUCUUCAAGAUCAAGCGCACGACGCAGCUCAAGAAGCUCAUGGACGCCUUUUGCGAGCGGCAGGGCAAGACGCCGCAGAGCUGUCGCUUCUUGUUUGAUGGGCAGCGCGUCAACCCUACUGACAACCCGGAGCUUCUUGAUAUGCAAGACGGCGAUACGCUGGAGGUGCAUCAGGAGCAGAUUGGUGGGUGUUAGGAGAGGAGAGCAGGGAUGCUUGCAGCUAUAAGCUGCUGCUUCAAUACUCGACACGAGCUAGGCGGUGAUACGAAGGUCCGGCGUGGGAUUGAUUUCUGGAGGCGCUCUGGCGUCCCACAUCGGACGGAACAUGGGUAUGAGUGUCUUUACCGUGAGCAGUUCCAAUCAAUUCCUCAACAUCCCCUGUACUUCCUCCCCAACGUGUGAAUCCGGCGG